UGACAGUGGCGCUGUUCAGUGAUCAGUGUGAGCGGUGUGUGUGAGCAGUGUGAUUUUCGCUGUGCUCUGUUAGAGGACCGGGCUGAGGGAACUACUGCCGCCGCUGCUGCUUCUUCUUCUGCGGGAACAGACGGGGACUAUACGCCGCGAGGAGCCGCGGAGACACGGCGGAGGAGCCUAAGAGGGACAGAGAGCCGCGGGGCUGCAGGCAUGGCGGUGGAAGAGGAAGGUCUGCGGGUUUUUCAGAGCGUCAAAAUUAAAAUAGGAGAAGCCAAGAACAUCCCUCCAUACCCGGGGCCAAAUAAAAUGAGGGACUGCUACUGUACAGUAAACCUGGACCAGGAGGAGGUCUUCAGGACUAAAAUCAUUGAGAAGUCGUUAUGCCCCUUCUACGGAGAGGACUUCUCCUGCGAAAUCCCACGCAACUUCCUCCACCUCUCCUUCUACAUCUUCGACAGGGACGUCUUCAGGAGGGACUCCAGCAUCGGCAAGGUGGCGGUGAAGAAGGAGGACCUGCAGAAGUAUCACGGGAAAGACACCUGGUUUCAGCUGCAGCCUGUCAGCGCAGACUCCGAGGUGCAGGGAAAGGUUCACCUGGAGCUGCGCCUGAGUGAGGUCAUCACAGACAGCGGAGUCGUCUGCCACAAGUUAGCAACCCGGGUGUCUGAGUGCCAAGGCCUGCCCAUCGUUAAUGGACAGUGUGACCCCUAUGCUGCAGUCUGUUUGAUGGGGCCAUCCAGGUCAGAUGCCAAAAAGACCAAGGUCAAGCGGAAAACCAAUAACCCUCAGUUUGAUGAAGUCUUUUACUUUGAGAUUAACAGACCACUCAGCUAUACCAAACGGCAGUUUGAUGUGGAGGAGGAGGACGUGGACAAGCUAGCAAUCAGGGUGGACCUAUGGAAUGGCAGUAAUCUGAAGUUCGGGGACGAGUUUUUAGGAGGUGUUCGGGUGCCUCUGAAGGUUUUGGGUCAGGCGGGCGUUCAUGACGCAUGGUACUUCCUGCAGCCGAGGGAAAACGGCAAUAAGUCAGUAAAAGCUGAUGAGCUGGGCUCCCUGAGGCUCAACAUCGUUUAUACAGAGGACCAUGUCUUCCCUUCAGAGCGCUACAGCCCCCUCACUGACCUGCUGCUGCAGUCCGCACAUGUGGAGCCUGUCUCGGCGUCGGCGGCCCACAUCCUGGGAGAGGUGUGUCGGGAAAAGCAGGAGGCGGCUGUACCGCUGGUGCGCCUCUUUCUGCACUACGGCAAAAUCGUGCCUUUUGUCAGUGCAAUCGCCAAUGCAGAGAUAAACCGCACACAGGAUCCCAACACGAUAUUCCGGGGCAAUUCCCUAACGUCGAAAUGCAUCGAUGAGACCAUGAAGCUCGCAGGAAUGCACUAUCUACAGGUCACCCUCAAACCUAUCAUUGACGAGAUCUGCACUGAACACAAGCCUUGUGAAAUCGACCCAGUUAAACUGAAGGAAUCAGAGAAUCUGGAAACCAACAGGGAAAACUUGCGGCAGUACGUGGACCGCAUCUUUAACGUCAUCACCACCUCUGGCGUCAGAUGCCCCACCGUCAUGUGCGACAUCUUCUUCUCCCUGAGAGAGUCUGCCGCCACCCGUUUCCAAGUGGAUCAGGACGUGAGGUACACGGCGGUCAGUAGUUUUAUUUUUCUGCGUUUCUUCGCUCCAGCCAUCCUGUCACCAAACCUUUUCCAGCUGAGACCGCACCAUCCAGAUCCUUGCACAUCACGGACUCUCACGCUUAUCUCCAAAACCAUCCAAACGCUUGGAAGCCUUGCCAAGUCCAAAUCUGCCAACUUCAAAGAGUCCUACAUGGCUGCAUUCUACGACUACUUCAAUGAGCAGAAGUAUGCAGAUUCUGUGAAAAAUUUUCUGGACCUGAUCUCAUCCUCUGGGAGGUGGGACCAGAAAAGCAUUGAGACCCCAAUCAUGUUGAAGGAAGGGAGUGUUAAACUCACUUUUAAGAGAGUUGAUGGGAAGGGCUCCUGCAGAUUUAUGAUUAAACGAGCGCAGGGAAGGAAUCGCUUCGGAAUGAAGAACUUUAAGAAGAGAUGGUUCCGUCUCACAAACCACGAGUUCACCUACCACAAAACCAAAGGUAACUCAAAAGGUGAAGGGGCUCUGUGCAGAAUACCUAUUGAAAACAUUCUGGCAGUGGAGCGAUUAGAGGAGGAGUCUUUCAAGAUGAAGAACAUGUUUCAGGUCAUCCAGCCAGAGAGGGCACUCUACAUCCAGGCCAACAACUGCGUGGAGGCACGAGACUGGAUCGAUAUCCUCACCAAGGUUAGCCAGUGUAACCGCAAGCGCCUGAGCACCUACCAUCCCUCCGCCUACCUCAACGGCCACUGGCUCUGCUGCAAGCAGUCUAUAGACUCCGCCCCUGGCUGCACGCCCUGCACUGGAGGUCUGCCUGCCAAUAUUCAGCUGGACAUAGAUGGAGAUCGAGAGACAGAGCGGAUCUUCUCACUCUUCAGCACCUACAUGUCUAAGCUCGUCAAAAUGCAGGAGGCGUGCGGCAGCAAGUCUGUAUAUGACGGACCCGAGCAGGAGGAGUACUCCACCUUCGUCAUAGACGACCCACAAGAGACGUACAAGAUCCUGAAGCAGAUUGUCUCUGCCGUGCAGACACUGGAGCAGCAGCACGCACAGUACAAACGCGACAAGUUCAGGAAAACAAAAUAUGGCAGCCAGGAGCAUCCAAUCGGUGACAAGAGCUUCCAGUGCUACAUUCGCCAACAAUCAGAGAGCUCCACCUACUCAAUCUGACCCAACUGCCCAAUCAGCACCGUGCCCUUCUCUCUGCACCGAACACCACGGCAGUGAGCGUACGACACAGCAACACCGAGCUGUGACUAAAGAAGGAAGAGGAGAAAGCAGUAAAGAAGAUGAAGCAGCGAAGAGUGAAGCUCACAUGAAGCUAUCUAUACCUUUUUGUAUGAUGUACAAACCCAAUCAACAGCUUUCCACUGAACUGUGUGUCAGCGGCCAUAUGCACUUUAAUCGUCACACCUGCCCCGUCGACGAUGUAGCUCUGCCUCAUGGCAUGUUUUAAACAUUGUAAUACGAGUUUUUUUUGUAUGAAAAAAAAAAUAAGAAGGAAAAAUAUGGAUCCACCAAUGAGAGACUUUGUUUUAGGUAUUGAUUAUUUUAUUCUAUUUGUUCUCAAACUUCAGGACCAAACUAUAGGUCUGAGAAUAUUUUCUGAUGUUUGUUUUUUUUUAGUCAGUGAAUUUUUUAGUCUUGUUGGUGCAUGCCUGUAAUAACAGCCUCACAACCAAUCACAAACCAGUUCAGAAAAUUAAGAGCCUGCUGACAGUAGCUAUGGGAAUCCGGGUAAUGGGUAAACUUUCUUUAAUUUUCAUUGAGCUGCAUUUAAGUGCUGGCAAUGUAAGUAUAGCCAAAGUACAACAAAAAAUGUUGUCAAUCAAAUGAGCAGAGGUUUCCCAGAUAGCAUUAAGAAUCACACACAAGUAUGGCCAAUGUAUGGCAGCAUUGCCUGAGAUUCGGCAUCAGCCAUGCGGAAUUGGGCCAAAUGUGGUAUAUACUCAGCAACUGGGGUUUUGGUAAAAGCAGUGCAGGCUAAUCGCCAUGUUACACUCUAGAACCAGGGUGCUGGCACAUGCGGCUAAUGUUGGCAAAUCCGUCAUUCAGCCCGGAUGUGAGCCAAGCUUUUGGUCCAGAAUCAGACCUAAAUUUGUGCUAUCUAGGUUAAUUGUUCUGAAUUGGGACGGUGGAUUGGAUUUGUUUCAGCUUCAGAGGACCUAUCUGAAUCAGAUGUUAACUGUAAUCUUUUUUUCUUAUUCUUAUAAUGACAGUGUCCAAGAUAUCAAGGUAUAAUACUGUCUUAGGUCGACUGUCGUUAUGGAAGCUUUCUUUUGUUGCCAUUUUUUGGUAUCUAAAGUGUUUCUUUGUUGAUUUUUGCCUGCACCUUGCCCUUGUUUAGACGUGUUGCAGUAUUGUUUCCUGCUUUUGUGAACAUUCCUUUACACUUUUUGGUAUGUAAACCUGUCAGUUAAACCCAAUUAGCUACAGCGUAGGCACAGUUACAGUUAAAGUUACAGUACAUAGCACUGUGCAGAUGUUAUAGACCAGCUUUCAUUUAUUUCCUUAGUAGCCAAGUUUGUUAUUGAUUAAUUAAUAAAUGAUCGGUUUACAGGCAGAACAAAAGUAGAAAAUAUAAACAUUUAACAGAAAAUCACACAGAAGCCUCAACUACAUAUAACAUUAGAAUUUUUUAUAUUUACUACUAUUAAUUGAAGGAUAGACCGAUACCACUUUUCCCCUUCCAAUAUUCCGAUAUAGAUUACAAAUUUUCAAGUAUUUAACGAUACUGAGUACCAAUACCAAAACCAACUUUGACUUUAUUACUCUAAAGGUGCCUAUAAAGUUGCACAAAUGUACAACAAAUUCUGACUGGUACAGUAGGUCCCAUCUAGGCCCAAUGUGCAGAAAAUGAGAAAUGGUUGAAAUAACAAAAAAGAUGCAGAGCUUUCAGACCUCAAAUAAUGCAAAGAAAACAAGUUUAUAUUCAUAAAGUUUUAAGAGUUCAGAAAGCAAUAUUUGAUGGAAUAAUCCUGGUUUUUAAUCACAGUUUUCAUUAAUCUUGUCAUGUUUUCCUCCAGCAGUCUUACACACUGCUUUUGGAUAACUUUGGACAACAAAUAUUAAAGCAGUUCAGUUUGGUUUGAUGGCUUGUGAUCAUCCAUCUUCCUCUUGAUUAUAUUCCCUAGUGGUCUUUUAUUUUGUUAGAGCUGUAUAUAUGUCGGGCCCAUCACUGAAGCCCACAGACCACACAUAUUGGUUCUAAGUUGUGCGGCCUAUAUUGGAGAUGAAAUAAAACGUGAACGCUGGUCUCUAGCUUUUGCACAGUGUCAAAUGUCAAAGACACGGCAACAAUCAACUCAGUACUAAUAUUUUGUCACCAAUUCCAAGCCAAUCACUGUAGUGCUCCUUUCUUAAAUCUGAAUCAUCUAAGAGAACCUACCUGGCGUGCAACAGCUGCCCUUUUAAGAACAGACUGCCAGUUAUAUCGAUGCCAGACAUUUUUUGUGUGUUUUGUACUUUUGUUGAAUUUUAUGUACUGUAAUUAAUGCAUUUUCUAUCUGUGUCUUGUACUGAGAACUCUUGCCCUUUGAGAUACAGGUUUCAGAACCUGUGUGUGUGUGUGUGUAUGAAUAAUUGCGGAUUGAAGCAAGCGAGCAUGUAUGUAUAAAGGAGUGUAUGUUAAUGGAAUGGAAUCGGAGAAGCAACAUUUCCAGUUUCUCUUUUGAAGAAUUCUCAAAGUUCCAUGAUUCUGUUUCCAGGUUUUCCAUUUUCACCAGUGAUCUCCCAGCAUUUCAUUUCUGUUUGUGACAUCAUGAGUGUCGUUCUUCCGUGUUUGAGGUUCUGAACUAUAUUAAUGACCCACAUGCCUCACUAUAAUUCGCUCAGUACUGCAUGUUUUAGUGUGAAUAUGUUGUUUCAGUAGAAGCCAGACAGCCUUCUGCUACCCACUUCAAAAAGUUCAGUAUUUAUUUUUAUAUCACAGUAUAGCAUUUUGUGGAAGAAGUUAUUUGAUUACGAAAAAGCACUGUACGCUCUUCAGACGCACAGUAUAAACGAUGCAAUAAUUUUAUGAUCAUUUAUUUUACCAAUAUCUGAUCUGUUACAAAUUAUAAUUGAUAAAUCCUAUAGUCCAGCUACAAAUCAAUAAUUUUCUUCAAAGUGAAACCUUAAAAAGGGAGAACAGUGUAUUUUAUAUAAGUAUAUAAAGAGUAUUAUUACAAGUCUGUGAUGUGUACAGGUCAAAUGUGGAACGCGUUAUGAAAACAUGAAUGCAAAAUUUCUUUUUGUUUUGUUUUUUGUCCAAAUGAAGACAAUAGCAACAAAA